AUGGAGCUUCCUCAACCACGUCCUUUUGGAGCCGAAGGAAGGAAACCAACCCACGACUUUCUUUCACUGUGUAACAGUCAUUCUUCAACUGUCCAACAAGAUCCAAGACCACCUUCUCAAGGUGGCUACCUCAAAACACAUGAUUUUCUACAACCACUAGAACGAGUAGGCAAAACCACUGCCAAAGAAGAAACCAACGUUGAGAUUUUGACGGUUGAAAAGCCACCGCCUCCGGCACCACCACCCUCGGUGGAGCACAUCCUCCCUGGAGGCAUUGGGACGUACAGUAUAAGCCACGUUUCUUAUUUCAACCAAAGAGUUCCAAAACCAGAGAACACAAUAUUCUCUGUAGCUCAAGCUAGUAGUUCCGAUAAAAAUGAUGAGAACUCAAACUGCAGUUCUUAUUCAGCAAGUGGAUUUACACUUUGGGAAGAAUCCACGUUGAAAAAGGGAAAGACAGGGAAGGAGAAUGUGGGAGAAAGAUCCAAUAUUACAAGAGAAGCGGCAACGAAGACGGGUCAGUCGACGACGUCAGAGAGGCCGUCACAGUCUUCAUCGAACAACCAUCGCAAUAGUUUCAGCUCUCUUUCUUCCUCACAGCCAUCAGGUCAGAAGAGUACCCAGAGCUUCAUAGAAAUGAUAAAGUCAGCCAAAGGUGGUACCUUGGAUGAUUACGUAGACGAUGAAGAAGAGUUCCUUCUUAAGAAAGAAACCCCUUCUCCUAUCCAUAAAGGGGAAUUGAGGGUAAAGGUGGACGGGAAGAGCAAUGACCAAAAGCCUAACACGCCUCGGUCAAAGCAUUCUGCUACUGAGCAACGGAGGAGGAGCAAGAUAAAUGACAGGCAUGUGUUAAUUGACUUACAUUUGGAAAACCUAAGUAUCUUUUCCUUUAAUCAGAUACUACAUAAUGUUGUUGACUUCUUGUUAGAAGGGAAGUUUCAAUUUCAGAUGUUGAGAGAGCUCAUUCCUCAUGGCGAUCAAAAGAGAGAUAAGGCAUCUUUUCUUUUAGAGGUCAUCGAAUACAUCCAGUUUCUACAGGAAAAAGUACAGAAAUGUGAAGGAUCAUACCAAGGAUGGAACCACGAACCUGCAAAACUGGUGCCAUGGAGAAACAAUAGUAGGCCUGUGGAAAGUUCUGUUGAUCAGUCUCGAGGCGUGAAUAGUGGUGCUGGCCCUGCAUUAUUGUUUGCUGCAAAGUUAGAUGAAAAAGACAUAACCAUUUCUCCUUCCAUUAUUCCUGGAGGAGCAUGGAAUCCAGUCGAAUCUGACAUGAGCUCUGCUAGUACCUUCAAUGCAAUGGAUCACCAUCCUGGGAUAACAAAUAAAGCAAUGCCAUUUCCUAUGUCACUGCAGCCAAACUUCUUCAAUCCUGGCAGGACCGCAGGUUUAGCAGCUCCGUUUCCACCCCGACUGGCAUCUAAUGCAGAGAACAUGGCAACUCAACCUCAACCUCAACCUCAAUCAUGCCAUGCCAAAUCACGUACCACUGAUGGGGCUGUUGCUAGUGAUAAGCUGAAAGAACAGGAUCUGACUGUUGAAGGUGGAACAAUAAGCAUCUCUAGUGCGUACUCUCAAGGGUUAUAUAGCUUGCUUCUGCUAGACUGGUUUUUAGCAUUCUUCAAAUCCGUGCAAGGGGAGAAAGCUUACAUGCAUACUUGUUCUGAGAUAUUGAACUCUCACCUUGAUAUCUUAGGUUCAGCAGCGUUGCCCUUGUUGCUAAAUACUUUGACACAAGCUUUACAGAGUGCUGGAGUAGAUUUGUCUCAGGCCAGCAUCUCAGUGCAGAUAGAGCUCGGAAAAAAUGGGAAUAGCAGACAAACUGCGCCAACAUCCAUUGUUAAGGAUAAUGACGUUCGUCCUAGCAAUCAAGGCACAACACGUUCAAGAGUUUCAAGCGGUGAAGAAUCUGAUCAAGCACUAAAGAAGCUCAAGACAAGUAAAAACUAG